CGCACGGACGCACGCACAACGCCCGAACCCGCGCGCGCCUGUAUGACGGACUCCUCCGGACUCCACCCUGCUCUCCUCGGUUCCAGCCAGGAAAUGUCCCUCGCUGCUGCCUCACAUCUGGCUGCUGCUGCUCACCACACGGCGGGAGGACGGACCUGACAACUUCACGUGAAACACGUUUACGGGAUCUCUUCGGUGUUUCGGACUAAACACAGAGGGCGUGGCCGACACCGGAAGACCUUUUCAGUUUCCUCAUUUUUCACUGUUGGGGACUUAACUUAUACGACCAGGCCGUUUUUCUUUCACCUGGCGUCUUGCAUUCGGCGAAAUGUCCAGAUCAGACUACCCGCCAAUGUAUGAUGAGUCCCGGGGCCCCCUCUAUCCACCCCAGGGUGGGGAUUACCCACCACCCCCUCCGUACGGCUUCCCUGGUUUUGGGGGUCCCCAGCCAGGCCAGCCCUCUGCUCCCUACCCCACUGGUUCAAACGCCCAUCUAUUCCCUGGCCAGCCAGGCGGCCAGUACCAAGGGCAGCCCCAGCCGGGUGGGUAUCCAGGGGCGGGCUACCCCAAUCCCCCACCCAUGCCCCCGAUCAUGCCGCCCACCAUUCCAUCGAAUGUCCUGAGCUCAGGGGAUGAGUUUGCGGCGAGCGGACAAGAGUGGGACUCUCUGACCAUUCGGCAUGCCUUCAUAAGAAAGGUGUACUUGAUUUUGGCGGCUCAGCUCCUCGUCACCACAGCCAUCGUGGCCGUGUUCACAUUUGUCCAACCUGUCCGACUUUUCGUACGGCGAAACCCGGCUAUCUACUGGGGGUCAUUUGUUGUGUACUUCGUCACCAACAUUGUGCUGGUCUGCUGUAAGGGCCCCCGGAGGAAGUUCCCAUGGAACGUCAUUCUGCUGGCCAUCUUUACCCUGGCUAUGUCCUACAUGACUGGAACCAUUUCCAGCUACUAUGAUACCAAAGCUGUGUUUCUGGCUCUGGGGAUCACUGCCGUCGUCUGCAUCGCCGUCACCGUCUUCUGCUUCCAGACAAAGGUGGACUUCACCAAGUACCAAGGCCUCUUCUGUGUCCUUGGGAUCGUAGUGUUUGUGACCGGCAUCAUCACAACGAUCGUGCUGUCAAUCACAUACAUUCCGUGGCUUCACAUGCUUUACGCAGCGAUCGGGGCCAUUGCUUUCACCUUGUUCCUGGCGUACCACACACAGCUGCUGAUCGGGAACAGGAAGCACUCCAUCAGUCCAGAGGAGUAUGUGUUCGCAGCGCUCUCCCUCUACGUCGACAUCGUCCAGAUCUUCCUUUUCCUGCUGCAGAUUAUCGGGGCUUCGACCAAAUGAUUGGACCCUAUGGUACGCGACCAAUUUUGAUUCAACAUGCGCCUGCAAAACCCAUUCCGUGCUUCUUUUUUUGCUUUGUUUUCAGUCAAAUUCAGAAAUAAGUUAUGACAUUGUGACGCACUCCGGUGAACAUGUUUAAGGGCUGAAUUUGAGAUUUUGUCUUAGGUUCAUCCCAUGCACAAAACAAAUGCACCUUUGCUACAGCAUUAAGCAACUUUUCAGUUGUUUGAAAAGAAUAUUAUUACUUCAAUAUAAUGUACCCGUAGACACUGAAAUGCCCGUUGCAAUAUUUGUUCACUCUUGCUUGACUUAAGUUAAGGCAAACCGUGUAUCAACGUUUUUCUCUGCAUGUAUAUUUAUACAUUAUUACACAUGAACUGGAGCCCGACUGUAUACAUUUUGAAGAAAUAGGCAAACUGACUCAAAUCGAACUCCAAUGUGCCAACACAGGGAGGCACCGCCCCCCAAAUGUGGUCUGUCUGAAGGUAGAAAAUCAGCCUACCGGCACUUCUAAAGCUCUCUAUGUACCGUGUUAUAUAUGUUAUAUGAGUGUAUAUAAGUAUACAAACAUCAGGUUUGGAUGAUUUUUAGGGCCUAAGUCCCUGGGGACCCACCGAUGAUCCUAUAGUUUUUGUAGAGAUUAUUCCAAAAAAUGUUCAGCUCCACAAUCAAACCUUUUGGAUGCUCAGAGCAAACGCACGCCAGAGUUGGAAUGAGAGCCUGUUGGUUGCCGCUCAAGUUUUUGUACAUUUAGUGUUUAUAAAGUGUUAAUUAAUGAGCUUUACAGGUGCAGCUACGGGCAGCUUUUUGUUACCUUUGGACAGAACCGGACUAAUAGUCUCCCACUCGUCUACCUCUCAGCUGAAAGGGAAUAUUUCUCAAACUGUUCCUUUUUAAUCAUAUGCAAAAGGAAAAAACAGGCUUUGAUGGUAAAUACGGAUUGAGGCACACAGCAGAAAAGUGUUGAACACGUGAUGUUACACAAUAUGACGUUUGGUAUUGAUUCUCACACCACCAGUAUGGACACUCCAAUCCACACUUAGUAUCAUCAGUGCUGAUACAUUGAUGUGGCCACCCCGGUAUACAGCUCGGCACACCUAAUAAUAAUAAUGCAUUUAAUUUAUAUAGCGCUUUUCAUAAUACUCAAAGACACUUCACAUAAUUAAAACAUCCUAAAAGCUAAAAAUAAAUAAAUAAGAAUAGCUAAAAAAAAAAAAAUGACUCCAUUCUGCUGCCUCGGCUUCAUGCUAACGGACCUGUGCUGCUGGUCUGACGUGUGUUGCUAUAUAAGUGCUACAUCACUACUGUGCCUUCAAAAUAAUGUUUUUUGAGAUUAGAAUUUUCACUUUCAGAACUACAGGUUUGUGCCCCACGGGAUUUUAUAGCAUUGCUACGUAUCUAGUCAGUUUCUAUAUUUCAUGUGACGGUCGUACAUCUCGGGUCAGACACCGAGUGCGAGCCGAGCAGGUUUUCCACACAGUCAAUGCCAACGGGUUAAAUUAUGAGAGUUCCAGCUAAGAUGGCUUUGUCCAAAAGCUCCAAAAGGAUCAAUAUAUAUCAUGUUCAUAUUCAUACGUAGUAUAGACCCACGUUAAAUCCAACACUCGACUCAAAACAACUACGACAGACAUUUUUGAAUGUGCAGCACGGAUGUUGGGCUGUCUAUGUAAAUGUACAUAUCAAUGAGGAGUUUCCUCUGUUUCGUUGCCUCUUCAUAUCAAAUAAACAUUUGUUUUCAUGUGCCA